AUGAAUGUGGGCGUGCUGAUAAUAACAAAUUAUGUUAUGCAAUUUCCAAAUACAAUCGAAUCAGUUGUCAACGUAAGCCUCGAUGGUGGAGUUAAACCCGUUAACCCAGUCAAGGCGCCUAUCCAAAGCCAGGGUUUAAUAAUUGCUCUUCGAUUCUACGCACUAGGGUCGGUGCAGAUAGCCGUCGCUGAUUUUGCUGGUAUUUGCAUUUCUUCUGUGUGUCGUAUCAUUCGUCGUGUAUCUUUUGCGUUAGCUCAAUUACGGUCGCGGUUUAUCAAGAUGCCGAAAACGCAGCAUGAACUACAUGCAGCAAGUCGUGAGUUUUACUCAAUCGCAAAAUUUCCUCGAACAAUUGCUUCAAUUGAUUGUACGCACGUCAAAAUACAAUCACCUGGUGGUGAUCAUGCCGAAAACUACAGAAAUCGAAAAUCAUGGUUUUCGAUAAACGUGCAAACAGUCAGCUCUGCAAAUUUGAAAAUUUUGAAUAUUGUCGCAAGGUGGCCUGGAGCAUCCCACGACCAACACAUCUUUAAUAACUCUUCACUGAAGAUGCAGCUUGAGCGAGGAGAUUAUGGACACUUUAUAAUCGUAGGCGAUUCCGGGUAUCGUAAUACAAAAUAUCUGGCAACACCGUUUCUUAGAUGUGAAACCGCAGCCGAAAAUUUGUAUAACGAAAGUCAAAUCCGUACUCGUAAUGUUGUGGAGCGAUCAUAUGGUGUUUGGAAGCGACGAUUUCCAGUACUUUCUUUGGGAAUGCGUGUGAUAAUUUCUACAGUACAGCUAAUAAUUGUUGCAUGUGCAGUGUUACAUAAUAUAGCAAUCGAUGCCAAAGAGGAGGUUCCACCACCAGAGAUAGAAGGAUUUGAAGAAAUGUUAGCUGCAACAGUGGUUCCGAACGCUUCAAACUUGUUCAAAGUCCCAACGAGUUGUUAAAAACAGAAAAAUAGAUUCAAUUCUUCUACUACUGACACUAUCUCAUAAGAGCCAAAGUCUUAUUUAUAAAAAUGACUGUUUCCUGGUGUUAUGUGUUGAGAAAUAUGUAAUUCUCAAGGAAACAUUCAUCAUUACUGUGAAAAGAAAAACACAUGCUGUUGCAUAGAAUUGAUGAGUAAAGUAAAAAAAAACAUAACAACAUGGAAAAUCCAUGAAAAUCAUUUAUUACAUUUACGAAAUUGGCCCUCAUUAAUGAUCAAUGUCGAAUUUCUCGAUUGCGUAUCACAUCAAAACAAUCAUCGUCGGCUUAAAGUGACAGGUCAAAUGGAAAAAUAGGGCGACCAAACGGGAAAUAUACCUAAGCGCGGCUUACGGUAAGCGAGCCUCUCAGAUUGCUAAACCGGGGUGAAGAAAUGUAAUUUUUUAAGCCUCGCUUAAAUGUGCGGCUUAACGUUAAGCGAGGCUUACCGUAAGCCAGGUUUAACGCGUUAAGCGGGGCAGGUGAAGAA